AACUACUUCCAGCUUCGGGAAUUCUCCUUCACGCUGCGGGACGACAUCUACGUGCGGUUCCAGUCCUUCGGCAGCCCCCAGGAGCUGGAGCGGGAGCUGCAGAAAACCAACCCCUACAAAAUCGACAUCGGGGCCGUCUACUCCCACCGGCCCAACCAGCACAACACGGUGCACCUGGGGGCCUUCCAGCCUCAGGAGAAGGAGCUGGUCUUCGAUAUCGACAUGACGGACUACGACGAUGUCCGGACGUGCUCCAGCUCGGCUGAGAUCUGCUCCAAAUGCUGGACCCUGAUGACCAUCGCCGUCCGCGUCAUCGACCGCGCGCUCGUGGAGGACCUGGGCAUGAAGCAUCGGCUGUGGGUGUACUCGGGCCGGAGGGGCGUCCACUGCUGGGUGUGCGACGACGCGGUGCGGAAAUGGUCGCCGGCGCUGCGGGCGGCCGCCGUGGAGUACCUGACCCUGGUGAAGGGUGGAGCAGAGACCGUGAAGAAAGUGAACAUUUCUGAGCCCGUCCACCCCUUCAUCAGGCACUCGGUCAGCGUGGUGGAGAAGUACUUCGAGGCGUACGCCCUGGUGGGUCAGGACAUCCUGGGCACCCCGGAGAGCUGGGAGAAGGUGCUGGCCCCCAAGAAGCGGGACUCGGUGCAGCGCUGGGAGCUGCUGAAGGGCAGGAUGGAGAGGACGCGGCGGAAUGUGGGGAGUGGGAAGAGCCCGGUGUGCUACGCGGACUGGGAGAUCAUGCUGCAGUACUGCUUCCCCCGCCUCGACAUCAACGUCAGCAAAGGCGUCGGGCACUUGCUGAAGAGCCCUUUUAGCGUCCACCCCAAAACAGGUCGCAUUUCGGUGCCCCUGGAUCUGCAGAAGCUGGACCAGUUUGACCCGUUCGCUGUCCCCACCAUCAGCUCCCUGUGCCACGAGCUGGAUGUGGCCAGUGACGCCGGGGAGCAGGAGGACGGUGGGGAGACAGAGCCGAAGCGGCGAACACGGGAUUACAAGAGGACGAGCCUGGCGCCCUACGUGCGGGUCUUCGAGCAGUUCGUGGAGGAGAUGGAGCGCGCCCGGAGGGGAGAGCUGCUCCAGAGGAGCGACCUCCAGGGAGACUUCUGAGGAUUCGCUGCCGGGGGCCACAGUGGCAGGCCCGGUCCUCGUCCUCCGCCAUCGUCACCUCCGCCGCCGGCCGCGGGGGUCCCGGUGCCGUGGAGCAGGGACCCCGUCAGCCAGCAGCCAUCCCACCCCUGCUCCCUGCCCCUCUCCCACGGACCCUUCCCCCAUUUUGUACUUUUUCUACUCAAAGACCAUUAAAUUUCUCUGGUCACCCUG